AUGACCAGCCGUCGCCCGGCCCUGGCGUCGCGGACAAGGGCCCGGCCAUGCGACAGGCCGACGAUCCCGUCGCGGGCGCGCAGGUCCGAGCGGCCGAGCGGCAGGUCAUGGCGGAGCCGGAUAUUGCCACCCAGCGCGCGGCCGGCGGGAUCGAGCAGCAACAGGCCGACAUCGCCCGUGUCCCGCUGCGCCGACAGGCCUACUGAUCCGCGCCAGCAGGGUGCGGGUCGGGAUCGGCGCGGUACCGCCAUCGCCAUCGCGCUCCAGCAGCAGGUCGCCGACCACAUCGAUCCGCCUAUCGACCAGUUGCGCCACGGUCACCCGGUUGGCGGCCGAUCGACACCCCCUGUCGCCACGGUGGCGACCAGAACAGCAGGAGGACGCCGGCGGUCAGCCCACGGAGCGAGACCCGCCGGACCGCCGCGUCGAUCAUGGCUUCAACGAAUAGCCGAUGCCCCGCACCGUCUCGAUCGGAUCGCUGCCGCCCGCCUCGGUCAGCUUCACGCGCAAGCGGCGGAUAUAGACGUCGACGACAUUGGUCUCCGGCUCGAAUUCAUAGCCCCAGACACGCUCGAUCAGCAUCGCGCGGGUCAGCACCUCGCCGGCAUGCCGCGCCAGUUCGGUCAGCAGCUUGAGUUCCAGAUUGGCGAGCGCGAUCGGCUGGCCUGCUCGCCGCGCGAAAGCUGGUCGGGCUGA